AUGCAUUACUUUUGUCGGCAACUCCUACUGUUCAUCAUUUACUUGCAUUCGGAGGCUGUGAGUCAAAUAUUAGAAGGCUUUCGAACAGUAAAGACCGAACAGGGGUUCGUCAAAGGCCGUAUUUGGAGGAUCAACGAAACGCAGGUGCAAGUGUUCCUUGGCAUUCCUUACGCUGAGCCGCCGACAGGUCGUCGUCGAUUUCAGAAGCCAGCUAAGAAAGAGCCGUGGCUCGGAGACUUACUUGCACUUGAUUAUGGUCCUCCGUGCUUUCAAUUCAUGGAUUUCCAUACUAAAGAUCGCUAUUCCGGCGAAAACAUGAAACGACAAGGCGAGGACUGUUUGUAUCUGAACGUGUUUUCACCGUUUAAGCCAGAGUCGGCAGACAAGUUUCCGGUGCUUGUCUGGAUACAUGGAGGAUCGUUUUUAGCCGGAUCUAGCGAUACGGGCAUGGACUUGUCGACAAUCGUCAGGAACAUCAUUUCCCGAGGCGUAGUUUUGGUUACCCUCAACUACCGGUUGGGACCGCUAGGUUUUCUUGCGACUUUGUUGCCCAGUAACAAGGGAAAUUUCGGGCUGUGGGAUCAAAUCGAGGCGCUUUUAUGGACUCGAAAAAAUAUCGCUGAAUUUUCCGGCAAUCCGAACUCGGUUACGAUCAUGGGAGAGAGCGCUGGCGCCGCCAGUGCAUCGGUUUUGGCAAUAUCUCCAAUUUCGAAAGAUCUCAUACAUGGAGCGAUAAUGAUGAGCGGCUCCUACGCAGCGGGAUGGGCAGUAACCAAAGAGAGGAUUCCUGCAUGGAGCUUGGAAAAACUUUUCAGUUAUCUCACUUGUAAAGAGCAACUACUGGUAGAAACUCAGCAGCUAGCGAUUUUGCUAGAUUUUGAAUCUAAUGGACAUUACGAAUGCAAUUUUAUGAAGAAGCCGAUGGAUUGUGAGGAUUCACUGAAUUCCUAUGAAAAAUUUCAGUGUCUGUCAGAAAAGGCUGACUUCUCUGACCCAACUAUGAGAAGAGCAUACACGAUGGCGCUAGGACUGUCGGAAGUUGUAAUUGAUGGAGAAAUAAUACCAUAUGAUCUGGAGAACUGGCUGAACAAGCGUUCACGAAUUCCAGUGAUGAUUGGGACUGCAGCUGCCGAAUGGGGUCACAAAAAGGCAAUUUACUAUGGAUUUGAUAGCUAUUUUGACGUGGGAAAGACCUCGGCAUGGGACCUAAUCAGACAGAUCAUGGAACAAAGCGCGAAGCCGUACUUGAACUUUCCAACGGACAACGAAACACUGGACAUUAUCACCGACGCGACGUUUUUCCACUACGCCUUGCACGGCGUGAACCAGAAGAAGUGGGAGAUGGCUAAUUUCGUACAUGUGUUGCAGAAGGUUGAGUCAGACAUCGAAUUCGUCGCUCCAAUGCACAAAGAAGUGAACAUGUACAACCAAGCAAAUCAAACCGUAUACGUCUACGAAUUCGACUACGCGCCUAGUGGACGAGUGAUCGAGGAGGAAUGGACGAAUCUGAAGUUUUUCGGCAUGAUGAAAACGUUGCGAAUCGAGCGAAGUAGCAGGGUGAAAAAAGCAUAUCACGGUCUUGAUCACGCGUUCAUCUUUACCGAGGGUUACAGUAGCAACACUUAUUUCACCUAUGACCAGAACGAUCGCCAACUAGCCGACACGUGGAGCACUCUGAUUAUGAACUUCGUCAAGUAUGGGGACCCCACGCCGACUACGGUGAUGAACGUGAAGUGGCUUCCGAGCGAUUCUGCUCGGCCGUGCUAUCUUCGAAUCUCGCUGCCUUUACAGAUGAUGCCCCAACUUUACAGGUGGAAAAAGGCAACGUUUUGGAACGAUUUUGUCCCAAAACUACUGCAGCAUUCGACACUGAUUGUUCAGAGAAGUCGGGAUGAACUGACCGAAGACGAACGUCUGCAACUGGCGGCAUUCAAGCGCGCAUGGUGGGCGUUAUGGGUGCUCGUAGCUGGAAUUGCGUUUCUGCUCUGGACGAUCAUUAUAUGUAUCAUUGCCCAGAAGUGCUUAGAUGCACAUUCGAAACAUUACAAAAAUGUCAUAGUAGCCGAAGAUGUCUGA